GCGCUCAACCGCAACACGGAGGAAGCCAAGCUGACACUGAAGCAGAAGGAGAUCGACGAAAGACGCCAGCGCGUGGCGAAGCUGCGGGAGAACGCUGACUUCCUGGUGAAGCAGAUGGAGGACCGGGAAGCCCGGCGGCGGCUCGACGCCGAAGCCGAGCGCGCUGAGAGUCACACCACGACCUCAAGCAAGUCCACUCCGCGCAAGGCCGGCGUCUCGGAGCACCGUCGAGAUCUGCUCACCUCCAACCUCAAGGAGGAAUGUGCCUCGCAGAUUUCUGGUGAUCUCCUGCAAGACAAGCUGCUCGCAGGCCGGCCAAGACCUGCUACCGUGCUGGGUACCAUGGAGGCCCGAUCCGAGCUGCACAGCUGCCUCACUUCGCAGAUCGAGGUGAGGCGCCAAAAGCGCGAGGCGAGUCGCCGGCAGCAGCGGGAGGAAGAGGCUACGAUGUUGGAGCUUGAAGCGCAGGAUAUCGUCCGGCAGAACCAGCAGCACCAGGCCGCCAAGCUGGAUGCGCAGCAGCGCCUCCGGGAUGCUUGGCGCCUUGGAAGGCAGCUUCGGGAUGUCGACAAGCGAGUUGAGGCGCUGGAAGAGGGGCGCCUACCUCCGCGGCCCUGUGAAA